AUGAAUGGAAGUAUUGUCUCUCUGAUUAAAGAAAUACCUUUCGCUUCAGAAAGCCUGAGCGCUAACUUCAGUAAGGCAGCACUUUCUCGAGGCGAAAUCGAUUUUGACAUGCAAGAAUAUUUAUAUAAAUAUUCUUCACAACAAGAAAACCAAUUAUUGUCGUUCACUCACAUAUACGAUAAGCUUCUUCGCAAAAUUAGGUCCCAAUUCGAUCAAAAUACGAAAAAUUAUACAAGAUUUAUUAUUAAUCGUGUUCCUUGUGAAGAUCAGGUCUACAGCCAAAUGCUUAGUACCGAAAAUUUUGAUGAAAUACCAGAUUCCGAGCUUUAUUAUUAUAUUACACAAUCAGAAAACAAAAUAGAUCCAUUAAAUUACUCAAAACUUUUAGAGAGAGUAUUAAAGACAGCGUACCCGCGUACAAAGCUCGCCGCCAUACAGUUCUUCAUGAAAAUCAGAUACAAUACGGCUCACGCGCAGUUCGAAUUGCCUGAAAUUAACCACAACAAGAUUGAGCUUGUUGAAAGCUGUUCAAUGAACAAUUGGGCCACAAAUGAAACAUUUUUACAGUACCUUGCGAAAUCAUCUACUCAUUGCCUUCAAAUUUCCAUUAUUGAAAAUUCAAUUAAUGUUAUUUACAUUUUAUACAAGAAUAAUCAAGGAUUUUACAUAUUUAACAUCAAUAAACAAACAAUACUCCACGAUGGCAAUACAAUUCCUAUCAGUUCCAUAUUAAAUUUCCCGAUAAUUAAUUUAUCAGUUGUAAAUGGCAAAUUAACAUUCAUUUGUCUUAAUGGAUUACGUUCAUGUGCAAUACAGCUUGACGAUGACGCUGUUCCUUCAACGAAAAUUACAAAAGAACCAAAUGAUUUAUGCAAAUUGUUUGAUUCACCAGAAAAAGCAAUUUGUAACAUCGACGGCAGCAAAGUAUACUUCAACAAUCAAUCAAAGAUUGUUGGAUUCGAUUUAGUUUCAUUUACAAAAAUAAAUCCACCGGAUUAUUACUUCAAAUCGAGGAUAAACUACAUCGGUGAUGAGUAUUUAUCAAUCACAGCCACAGACAAAAUCAUUUUCUUCGAUAAAUACCGUCAUUCGUACUUAUCAAGAUAUACUCCAAUAAUUCGACCGAGUUUUCCCAGCUCCUCAUUAAUUGCAGCCACAAUUAUCGGUAUAGACAUGUUAGAUGAACUGACCAUGACGUUCGAACACUUGAUAAAAGGCAUUUUUCUUCCAAAUGACUUAGUAUCGAACCAAGACCAGAACAUUGAAGAAGGAAUGCAGUUCUACGAGGAUCUCCACAAGUCAGACAUUGAUCCUGCAUUCACAUUCAUCAUGGAUACGAUGCUGAUGAGGUUUUUCGCGUUGAAUUUGAGACAAAAAGUGUCAUUAAAUGAAAAAAUUUCGGAUUUGAUUUCACGAUUCAUUUCAAGGUGUUUUUCUAAGAUAAAUACAACAGUACCGCAUUUAAACACUAUUGAUAUGCUCGUAAGAACAACAAAUUCAGGUGUUUACUGGCCAAGUUUGUUACUAAAUAUACAAAGCCAUUUUACUGACAUUUUUUCACUUCCUCAGUCAUUAUUCUUUGACAUGACAAGUGAAUACGAGAAGCUGAAUGAUGAUGACUUAUUAAAUGUCAUAACAAUAAGAAUGAAUGACAUUUAUUAUUUGACAAAAACAAGAAAAUCGAGUGAAAAGAAAAAUGACGCGAAAACAACGAAAAGUAUUUACGACAGAGAGUUUCUCUCUUUCUUUAAGAGUGUAUUCAGUUUGAUACAGACAAGAAAACUCUCUGUUUCCCGUAUUUUACUUAAAAAAGUUCUCGAAAUUUUGUCAGUUAUUCCAUUAAGAAGAAAUUUGGCAGAAUUAUCUUUGAAUUUUUUGGUCAACGAACUCAAUCUCAACAAGUUGAUGACUGACGACGUCUUCCCUGAUGUAUGCCAAUGGUUCGCUGACGAUAGAAAACCAGAAUUGUACACAAUUAAAUUGAAUACAACCGUUUUUUCUUCAGAAAAUAAUUAUAAUGACAUCAACUUGGAAUUGGAAACUCCUUUUGAUGAACUGAUGAUUACGAACGAGAAGAACAAACCGGACAAUGUUUUCUUCAAUUUCGAGGAAUUCAAAAAUCCACAAAUUUUGAAUGGAUUUGAAUUGAAUCUUUCCAUCAUUUCCGCCCAGAAAAACAACCAAUUUCUUAUAAAUGGAACAGAAACAAAGUCAACAUCACUUGAAUUCUUGAAAUAUUGUAUUCCUGAUUCCAUUUUUUCGUUGAUUUCUUUGGUUGUCAACAAAUGCCUCAAAAAACUUGAAAAAGUCAUUGAAAUCUCCGAAUUCGAGAGACAGAACCAGUCUCUUUUGAAUCUUUUGUUCAGGAAGAACAAAGAAGAUGACUUCAUUUACGAAAUGAGAGGCAAAAUGAAAUUUUUUGUCAAAGAAGUUGAUACAAAAGAAAAAGAAAAAUUGUUGAAUUCUCAUCAAAUUAAUUUAGUUUUGGCAACUGAAAACAAGUUCACAAAGAAGCUUUUCUCAAAGGAAGAUAAAAGGUUGGCAACUGCAAGUAGAAUGAUUAAUAAUAACAAUGAUUAUUUCAAAUCAAUUCUACAAAUUUUGGUGUCAAUUUUUUAUUCAUGUGAUUAUCUCAAAGAAUUCAAUGAGUUGCUUGAAAAAGAGAAAAUUGAUCCAUUAAAAAUGCCCGAAUGGUUUGAAGCCAUAAACACCAAAUUCCAGUCAUUGUUUACUAAUAUCAGAAAGAGUAUCCAAGACGAGGCAAAUGGAAGACAAGAAAAUGAUGGUGUUUUAUCACAAAUUUCUUACAAAUACAAAUUUUUGAUGGAAUCACAAUUGGAUUCACGAAACAGAGAAGAAAGAAUGGAAGACAUCUUUGCGAUCUACAGUUUGGAUUUCAAGAAAUCCGAUCUGAUGAAUGUAGAAGAAGCAAACAGAAAGAGAAAAGAACUUAAAAAUGAAAUUUCUCAGUAUGUCAAAAAAUUUAUGUCAAAAUUUACAAACAAAAAUUUGAGUGCUGCCAUUUAUCGUUCUUUCAUUCAAUUAUUUGAUCUCGAACAUCAUAGAGAUCUUGUUGACACAUUUGAUUCUAAAAUGGUUGCAUUGAAUGACACUGCUUACACACUCCACAUGAUUCCAUUCACAAGCAAACUCGAGAAUGUUGCAGAACAGUUUUUAAACGCGAGAUCAGAUUUUAUAAGAAAUGUUACAUUGAUCAUUUACGCAAUUUUCGGAAGAACUAAUUAUGUAAUGAGAAAUGUGACUCUUCUUAUGGAAGGAAAUGAAAAUGAGUAUUACUCAAACAUCUAUGAUACAGCAACAACUUCUCAGGGUUACAAUUUCUUGAUGCCGAAAAUUAUUAAUUCUCUGCGUCAAAAGAAAGAUGCAAAAUUCUUUUUACAAAAAGUGACACCAGAAUUAGAUCAAAACACAAUUUCUGCUUUUAUUUUAUUAGGAGCAGAGAUCUUCGACUCCGAUAUCACAAGAUACGUGUUAGUUGGUGAUAACUGCGUCAGUGUAAAUAAUUCAAAAUUAACAGAUGCCCAGAAAAAGUCGAAUCCAAGCUGUUUCAUGAUUUCUCCUCCAAAUUUCGAAGUUGAUCAAAAAUUGACGAAAUCUCUUGUAGAAAUCAUCCAGAAAAUGGAUUUCAACAUUAAAGAUAUCACAACAGCUAUCAAAAAUUGCAUUGUUAUGUCAUUCUUCUCCAAAGUUAUGAAAAAUGUUAAAAAUCCACAGGAAUUCGCCUUGAAUUUCCCACAAAUCAGCCGUGUUUCGAAAGAAAUUAACAGUACAAAGAUCCCGGCAUACUCAAGUAAUGUUUUUUGCCACAAAAUCAGACAAUUAAUGAUGUUUUCUGAGAUCAAAGAAUCGAAAAAAGACACGUUGAUCUGUUUGUCGCAAAAUACAAGUGCAAAUAGAAUAAUCAAAGGAAGUGUAUACACUUCUUCUUUCUUUGUUUACACAAAAGUUGUCGGGCCAUCGUUUGCUGUCAAAUUUAAUUUUGAUAAGUUUACAAAUCAAUUGAAAUAUUUAGGUUUCAUUGAUGAAGAUUGGAACUGCUGCUUCUUGUCAUUCUUGGACAAAAGAAUCUACAUGGAUAAGAAAUCUUACCCGUUUAAUGAUAAUAUGACAAAAUUGACACUUACGGGCGUGGAUAAUUUUGUACAAUUCAAUGACAUGAAAAUUGAUUUUGGCACUGACAAAAACAAGUGGAUUUUCUUGAUAACUGUAUGUGAUAACUCUAAGAUUAAAUACACAGUUGAAAAAGCUGUUAUUAAUCCAAAAGUUACAACAGAAAAACCACAAGAACAUCAGUUCGACGUCAAGAAGAUUUUCCCUGACAUUUGCAUCGGAAUGAGUGUGAAAUUGGAAGGAUUUUACGACGCUUUCGUCAGAGAUUUCCAUAGUAAUUACUUCAUUGUCGACGCAAUUGAUGAAGAGAUUGAUGCUUACCAGUCAGCAAUUCCUUGCAGAUACAACCAGAUCGAGCAGAAACAAACAGAUUUCGAGUCAAUUAUAAACAUUGCAUCAAAAACUUACGAAAUUUGUGACAUCAACCAAAACAAAGAAAAACUUUUGAAUAUAAUUAGACAAUACACAUUUUCUAUCAUGAAAACAUUCAUGAAUCAUUUCGAUCCAUCGAAUUUCAUUAUAUUCACCAUUGAAUCAUUGGCUAAACUCACUGAUGAUGCUCCACAAAAGCAAAUUGAUGAAAUCAAGUACCAAAUUGAAAGUGACGCGAAAAGAAAACAAAUUUUGGAUUUAAUUGUUCAGAAAUUAAAGGAAUUUGAUAGUUCUCCACAAUCAAAGAAGACAAAAGACUUUGAUGCAUUGAAUAAUGAUCCUUCCUCUUCAUACCAAUACGCUUUCUUCCAAGGUUGGAAUCAUGGUUUGUUGAUGCAAAAAACUUUUAUUAAUGGUUGUCACUUUUUGUUUGAUUUUGAAAAAAUUUGUUCAGCAUUUGCAGCGAAAAUCCUUGUUUCAUUCAAGAAUGAUGUUCCUAACAAUGUUGAUGAUGCUAAACUAUAUCUAAAGUACUUUGAUUUGCCAAUUGAUUACAAGAUUUCAGCAAGUAUUGAUUUCGCAAUUUAUUUGAAUCAAAUUGUCACUUUUGUUUUCCAAAAUGAUCCACAAUUUAUUCUCCAGAAGAGUGAUCAUUCUAAAUUGAUCAACAGUUCCGCUAAAUUGCUUUGCAAAGAACUUUUCACCUUCAUUUCCACAAAUCAAGGAGACAAAAUGACUCUUUUACCUUUGUUUUCAAAUGUAACAACAAAAAUGGAAAGACACAGAUUCACCAUUGCAAACUGUUCCAAUUUAUUAGAAGUUAUUGACCAAAAAGGCGUCAUAUCAAUUCUCAAUCCAAACACGCAAAAAGCAGUGAAGUUCUUCAGAUACAUUCCAGAACAAGACCCCAAGAAAUGUUUGACUCAAUGGAAAGAAUGGAACAACAAAGAUUUCAGACAAUGUUUGACAAGUGUUGUCGAAACUAUACAAUCUUUGAAGACAGUCAACGUAAACUAUCCAAAUUUGGUUGUUUAUUACUGCCAUUUAGCUUACUGCGAAACAAACGGUAUCCCUGAAGAUUACUACGACAUGAAAGGACCAAGAGAAAGGAUCUACAACCAACUUCAAUACCUUACUUCUCUCAGAGGUUUUGAUGCUUUCCAAGGUCAUAUUGAUGCAGGAAAAUUCAUUGUUAUGACAAUCCCUAUCAAAGAAACAUAUGCAAGAACAUUUUCAUACAACAAUGCGAAAGUUAUCAUUGAUACUUGGGCAGAACACAGCAAAAGAUUUAAGACAACAAUUCUUAAAGAAGAAGGUUAUUCAAGAAUGAGAUUUUACAUGGCGAUAUAUUUAGGUGAAACAGGUAUCGAUGCUUCUGGUUUGUUUAAAGAUUCAUUGAGCCAAAUGGUUGAUGAAUUAAUGGAUGUCAACUUCAGAAUGUUUGUUCCUCCGCAGCCAUCAUUGAAGAAUGUAAAUUAUGGUCUAGUUCCGUCUUCUUCUUUGUCUGAAAAGAGAUCUUUUGCUAUUGGAGCUCUCAUUGCGUGCGAAGUUGCAACAAAUAACACGGCCAAAUGGACAUUGCCAAUGUUCAUUUGGAACUAUUUAGCUAGCGACGAAAAAGCGGUUUUGGAAGAAUUCGUUGAUUGCGAUGAUAAAAUUUAUUUCAAUGGAUUAAAAUCUGUUUUAGCUCAUAUAAAGAAAGGAUUCAAUGACGUUAUUGCUCCUGAAAAAAUAGCACAUAUUACAGGAAAUUACUUGAAAAUGUUGGCAAUUGGAAGCCAAGAAAAAAUGACAUUAGAUAAGUUCAAGAGAUUUGUAGAACCAAAUGGAAACAUUACGAAUGUUUUGUUUGAUGCAGUAGCAGCCUUUACUCAUGAAGAAUUCAUGCAGUUGAUCAAGUUCAUCACUGGCCAAAAUACAAUUCCUCCAGAUGGAAUUGUUAUUAAAGUCAGAUCAUCUCCUCCAAGACCAAAUCAACGAACUGAACAACAAUACGCUUAUCCUGUUGCUCACCUUUGCUUCAAUACAUUGGAUUUGAUGCCGUAUAGAACUCCUUCAGUCCUUAGAGAAAGACUACUUUUCGCUAUUCAAAAUUCAAGCGAAAUAAAUGAUUAA